AUGGCAUUGGAUGUCGUACUGCAAAAGGAAAUAGCUUCACACAAAGAAUCCAAACCUCAAAUUAGUGAAGGCACUUCAUUUACGGCAUCAAUUAAGCCAGUUGGGUCUGCAGAAUCUCCAAAUAAUUCAUCAAAUGUCUCUGUUGGUGCUACAAGUACUGCCGCAAUUGACCACGAGGAAAAGCUUGAGAAGUUAGUCGGCAAGGUAGAGACUUUGGAGGGUAAGAUAGAAAAACUAGUGUCAGAACAAGAUAAAUUUUCAAAUAAUGAUAAUAAAACUGAUCUAAACGCCGGUGUCCCUAAUAUAGACGGUAAAAACGCUAAAAAUAAUAAUGCCAAAAUACAUACCGCCAAUGACGCUCAGAAGGCAGAUAAUGGUGAUUUUGAUAGUAAAGUAAACCAAAUAUAUGGUGAAAAUAAGGAUGAUAUUAAUUAUAUUGGAGGGUCAUCGCAAAAAGUUACAUUACACGAAUUUAAACAACAUGACAUUGGGCAUGCAGAGACUAGAAAUGAGACGAACAGGUCCAAUGUAGCUCAAAAGAUUCAAAAUGGUCGAUUGCCUCCUAUAUUACCAAAUCCUAACCCUAGAAAUAAUGUUGCUACCACAAGUGAAUUGCAGGAAAAUAACUGGAAUUUCUUGAACUGGAUUGGCAAUUUGGUUACAAAGGAAUUUGGCUUCUUCGUCAAAAUGUCUGCGAUUAUAUCCAAUGUCAUCAUGAGUUUGACACCGUUCCCCAGCAUUAUCAAAAUUUUGAAUGAAAAAAGCACGGGUAAUCUUUCAAGUUUACCCUACCUGAUGUCACUUAUAUCAGCCUCCCUAUAUUCACUAUACGGCUAUUUGUCUAAAAAACCCUUAAUCUUAAUGUCAAAUUUAUUCGGUUUUCUGAUGGGUGUGAUAUAUGUUUCCAUUUUCCAUCGCAACUGCCAUGAGAAGUCGAAGAUGAUGAAGCUGCUAAAGUACUACAAGAUCAGUUGUGGAAUCCUAAUUUUUAUAUUUACUUCCUACAUCGCGUUUGACAUGGAUAUAUUUAUUAUCAUCAUCGGGGUAUUCGCUGCCGUUGUUAGUUUCCUUUCAUACGCAGCUCCCCUCGAAUCUAUUCCUAUGAUUUUCAAGGAAAGAGACACCAGUUGCAUACCUAUUGAAAUAAUACUCGGGAAUUUCUGGUCCUGCAUUUUUAUGCUUUCUUACGGAUUUACAAUUUGGGAUCACUUUGUUAUAGUCCCUAACUUCUUAGGUAUAUUGGUUGGGUCUGCACAAGUGGGAGUGUUGCUGAUUUAUCCUAGGAAGGAGCGGGGAUUCACGUAUAUUGAUGAUGGCAUCCAUACUCCAUCCGUGAUAGGGACUAAACUUGUAUAG